AUGGGGGAGACCCCUUUCCACCACUCGGUCCUCGAGGUCUGGCUGCCGAAGCACUUCGAUAAGCCGACAGACAUGAAGUACGAUGGGACUCAGGAUCUCCAAGAACAUCUGACGGCCUUUGAGGCCAUGAUGAACUUGGAAGUGGUCGGUGACGAAGUAAGAUGCCGCGCUUUCCCGAUCAUCCUAGCGGGCCCGACGAUACGUUGGUUCAACGACCUCCCCCAAGGCUCUAUAACGACCUUCGGGGAUAUCACUCGAGCCUUCCUGGCCCAGUUUACUACCAGCAUUGUGAAGGCAAAGCACCCAAUCAACCUCCUCGGGAUAACGCAAGGAGCCGGAGAAUCGACCAGAAAAUACCUAGAUAGGCUCAACGACGAGUGCUUGGAGAUUGACGGCCUAACCGACUCGGUGGCCAGUUUAUGCUUGACGAACGGGUUGCUAAAUGAGGACUUCAGGAAGCAUCUUACCACCAAGCCCAUGUGGACGAUGCAAGAAAUCCAAAACGUGGCAAGAGAAUAUAUCAACAAUAAAGAAGUCAAUCAGGUCGUGACAGCCAACAAGCGGCAGCCCGCCUACAACCAACCUCGGCAGCACGGUGGCGGGGAAAGGCCGAAGGAGCACUCUAAAGAUGGAGUUUCGACCAAGUCCUUUAAGCCGUUUCCCCGGGUAGGGAAGUUCACCAACUACACCCCCCUUACAACCCCAAUUGUUGAAGUAUAUCAGCAGAUCACUGACAAAGGCAUCCUGACGAGGCCGCGACAACUCAAGGACAGGACGAGAGAAAACAAAAGCCUCUACUGCGAUUACCACAAGGGCUAUGGACACAAGACCCAAGACUGCUUUGACUUGAAGGGCGCCCUUGAGCAGGCAAUCCGGGAGGGGAAGUUGGCUGAUUUCUCCCUCCUUAUAAGGGAACCGAGGAGGUGA